AUGUUGGUGUUAUUUGAGACCCCGGCAGGCCCCACAAUUCCCUCCCAACAGCUCCUUGAUGAGAAGAAGCUUCAGCAGACUGACAACUUAUACCUGGAUUUUGAGACUCCAGAAAAGGCAGCACAAGUGGUGAAGCUGAAAGCAUUCGAGAAGUUUAAGGACACCACCGAUGCCAUGGUGGCUACGACGGCUGCUGUUGAGGGCAAGAUGUCUAAGGUGCUAAAAAAGAUGCUGAAAAAGCUUGUAGUGAAGGAGGCUCAUGAGGCACUGGCUGUUGCUGAUGCUAAGCUUGGGAAUGCAAUCAAGGACAAGCUCGGCCUGGAAUGUGUGAGCAACAGUGCUGUGAUGGAACUGACGAGGUGCAUUCGGAGCCAGAUGGAUGGUCUCAUCACGCUCCCGCCAAGGGACAUCACAGCUAUGGCACUUGGACUUGCACACAGCCUCUCCCGUUACAAGCUGAAGUUCAGUCCAGAAAAAGUGGACACUAUGAUCGUGCAGGCAGUCUCCCUACUUGAUGACCUGGACAAAGAGCUCAACAAUUAUAUCAUGCGAGCUAAGGAAUGGUACGGCUGGCACUUCCCAGAACUUGCCAAGAUCGUCACUGACAACAUUGCAUUCAUUCGCACUGUCAAGGCCAUAGGGAUGCGGAAGAAUACUGCAGAAACGGACCUCUCAGAGAUUCUUCCAGAGGAGAUUGAGGAAAAGGUGAAAGAGAAUGCUGAAAUAUCCAUGGGCACUGAGAUAUCCAAGACAGAUAUUGAGAACAUCAUCUUCCUUUGUGAUCAGGUUCUGGAGAUCUCAGAUUACCGAGCCCAGCUGUAUGAAUACCUCAAGAAUCGAAUGAUGGCCAUUGCACCGAAUCUGACCGUCCUUGUGAUUGAGGGGUCCCUCUUGAACCUUGCCAAGCACCCGGCAUCGACGGUGCAGAUCCUGGGAGCCGAGAAGGCUCUGUUCCGUGCCCUCAAGACCCGACACGACACGCCCAAGUACGGGCUCAUCUACCAUGCCCAAUUGGUUGGCCAAGCUCAAGCUCGUAUGAAGGGCAAGAUCUCGAGGAUGCUGGCUGCCAAGGCAGCGCUAGCAUGUCGUGUGGAUGCACUCGGCGAGGACAUCGAGGGCUGCGCACUCGGGGUGGAGCAUCGAGCCAAGGUGGAGUUUCGUAUACGCCAGCUCGAAGGAGGGGAGAUUCCUACCCGCAUUUCUGGCACUGGGAAGGCCAAGGCCAAGAUGCAAAAAUACCUUCAGAAAACGGAGAUCAAGGGAGAGUAUGAAGUUGGUGCAGAUGUGACUAUGAAGCGGAAACGUGCAUCGGAAGGUGAUGGCCAAGAGCCAAGGAAGCCCAAGAAGAUCAAGGUGGAGGAGAUCGCCGUGGAAGUCCCUCCUGAAACCGCAGCCACCCCAGGUAGAGAGAAGGAUGAUCCAAUAUUUAUGACUGCUGCAUUUCAGCUGUUUAAGCUUUCAUCGGUGGAAGUGCUUUUGGAAUAGGAGGGUGAGAAGAAGAAGAAGAAGAAAAAGAAGAGGAGAGAGUCCCAGGAGGAAGAUCUGUCAAUGGAGAAUGAUGAAGUCGCCGUGGAGGAGGUGAAAAAGAAGAAGAAGAAGAAAAGGAAGUCCACGGAAGGAGACGUGGAAUGAGAGAAUUUGAGACUGUUGACCUUCCGAUUAAAGGUUUUUCUGUUUUGUUUCCAUUUGUA